AUGUCCCGGACGCAGGCGGGCUCCGGUACGGCGCCAUUCUCCGGCUUGAGGAGAAUCCAGGGCUUCACGCCGCCGAGAGCCUGGCCGACGUACCCAAAGGUCGACUGGGCGCUGGUGACCAGCACGUCGGCGAACCCCAGCAGAUUUAUCUCCGCCCACGCCUUCAUGUCGUGGGUCUUAUUGCCCGUGUUCUGCCAUCCCUCGUGA